CCCUUUACUACAUUUUGCACAAAGCACCACCAAAACACCAACCCCUCUCUCUCGCUCUCUCUCUCUUUCUCUUUCUCUUUCUCUCUGUCUCUGUCUCUGAAAGCAAAGAAUAAUGGUGUCCAAGAUCUGCAAGAGGACCCCACCAACAAAGUGCAUCAAAGACUGCCGGAUCCUUCCCCGGCGGCACCGCCGUAAAACCCCUGAGAAUAAGAACGUAGCGGCGGCGUCUGCCACGGUUUUAGCAUCCAUCAACAAGUCCAUAUUCACGUGUCAGCGCCGCCUCAUCAGGCUCUUCUCCAAGUUAGCCCGCAUCGGCACCCCGAAUCGCCACAAGGGCUUCAAGAUCCUCAAGAAAAUCCCACAAGACGAAUCCGAUUUCGAACCCGAAACCGAAAACACAGUCCAAAGAACCCUCAUUUUCGACAGCAGCAACAACAGGAAAAACAGCAUUCUCCCACCGAUGAUCUUGCCUAAGAGAACGGUGUUUCUUGAUUUAGACGAGACAUUGAUCCAUUCCAAGGCGGACCCACCACCGGAACGUUUCGAUUUCGUGGUGAGGCCGAGUAUUGAGGGAGAAUUCAUGAAUUUCUACGUGCUGAAACGGCCUGGUGUGGACCGAUUAUUGGCUGCAUUGUCUGAGAAGUUCGAGGUAGUGGUGUUCACCGCGGGGCUUAAGGAGUAUGCCUCUCUAGUCCUCGAUCACCUUGACCCGGAUUGCGUGAUCUCUCACAGGCUCUACAGGGAUUCUUGCAAGGAAGUUGAUGGGAAGUUUGUGAAGGACUUGUCUGAGUUGGGGAGGGAUUUGAAGAGGGUGGUGAUUGUGGAUGAUAACCCCAAUGCCACCGCGCUUCAGCCCGAGAAUGCAAUUCCGAUUAGACCCUUUACAGAUGAUCUUGGUGAUCGGGAGUUGGGGAGGUUGAUUGAGUUCUUUGAGAGUUCUGAUUGCUAUGAGGAUAUGAGGGAUGCUGUGAAGCAGUUUAUGGCUAAUGGAGAUGAAAUACUUUGAUGGUUUGCUAGUCUUUUUAAGUAAUGUUUCUCUUUUUUUUCUUUAUUAAUUAUUUCAUUUUUGAGUUUCUUUUUUUCUUGUAAUGAUGAUAUACUACUAUGUGUACUAUUGAACAAAGAGUUGUUCAAUUUGAAAUGAGAAAAGAAGCUCUAGUCAUUUAUUUUAUGAUUAA